AUGGUUGAACCUGUGGGUAACCAUUAUGUUAUAGCCAGACCUGUGUACUCGGAGAAUGCAUUCAAUGAAGAGCAUGAGAAAUUGCACAGAUACCAUAAAACCUUUUGGGAUCACCUGAAACUCUAUUUUAGCUGCUCCCCACAAAGGGCCAAAAAAAUUGCUUUGGGUUUGUUUCCAGUUGUUUCCUGGCUGCCAGCGUACCGCUUCAGGGAGUGGAUCCUGAGUGACAUCAUCUCUGGCAUCAACACGGGGCUCGUGGCUGUGCUGCAAGGUCUGGCCUUUGCUUUGCUGGUGAAUGUCCCCCCCAGUUAUGGACUCUAUGCAGCAUUCUUCCCUGUCCUGGUCUAUUUUAUCUUUGGCACAUCGAGACAUAUCUCAGUGGGUCCCUUCCCUGUCCUGAGCCUCAUGGUGGGAGGAGUCGUCACCAGGCUGGUCCCUGAUGACAGCACUGGAAAUGGCAAUUCCACAAAUACCUCAGCAAUUAAUGAUGAGAGGGUGAUGGUGGCUGCAUCUGUAACCUUCCUUUCUGGGGUCGUUCAGUUGCUUCUGGGAAUUUUCCAGUUUGGAUUCAUCGUUAUAUAUCUAUCACAAUCAUUAAUUAGUGGUUUCACAACUGCUGCAGCUAUCCACGUUUUGGUAUCUCAGCUGAAAUUCAUGUUUCAGCUACCUGUCCCCGGAUUUAAUAAACCAUUUGGCAUCAUCUAUACUCUGGAGAGCAUUUUCAGCCAGAUCACAAAAACAAACGUUGCUGACCUUGUCACAUCACUGGUUGUCUUGCUUAUCGUGUUUGUGGUGAAAGAAAUGAACGAUCGAUACAAGGAAAAGUUACCGGCUCCCAUCCCGAUCGAGCUCCUUGUGACAAUCUUAGCAGCAUUGAUUUCCUAUUUUGUCAACUUUGAAGAAAAAUUUGAAGUAGCUGUUGUUGGAAAACUAGAGGAAGGGUUCCACGCGCCGGUUGCACCUGAUGUAGGCAUCCUCCAGAACUGUAUUGGUGAUGGCAUUUCCAUCGCAAUCGUUGGGUUUGCAGUAGCCUUCUCCGUGGCUAAAGUGUAUUCCAUCAAGCAUGACUACCCAAUAGAUGGCAACCAGGAACUAAUUGCUUUUGGGCUGGGUAAUAUAGUUGGUGGAUCAUUCAAGGGAUUUGCCUCCAGCACUGCUCUGUCAAGAUCAGGUGUGCAGGAGAGCACAGGAGGCAAAACACAGAUUGCUGGCAUUAUCUCAUCUGUCAUUGUUUUGGUUGUGAUCUUGGCCAUUGGGUUUCUCCUGGCACCAUUACAGAAGUCAGUCCUUGCAUCUUUGGCUCUUGGCAAUUUGAAAGGAAUGCUCAUGCAGUUCAAGGAAAUAGGCAUCCUCUGGAGAAAGGACAAGUGUGACUGUAUUAUAUGGGUGGUGACUUUCUUAGCUGCCAUCUUUCUUGGCCUGGACAUUGGGCUAGCAACAGCCGUGGCAUUCCAGCUGCUGACCGUGGUGAUCCGCUCCCAGAUUCCAAGCUGCACUGUUUUGGCCAAUGUUGGGAGAAGUAACAUCUACAGAAACAGGAAGGAUUACACUGAUAUCUAUGAGCCAGAGGGAGUGAAGAUUUUCAGAUGCUCCUCUCCGAUCUUCUUUGCUAAUAUUGAAUUUUUUAGAGAGAAACUCAUCACUGCUGUUGGCUUCAACCCACUGAGAGUCCUGAGGAAACGCAAUAAAGCUCUGAGGAAGAUUAGGAAGAUGCUGAAGAAAGGACAGCUGCAAGUGACACCAAAGGGCUUGAUUUGCAUGGCUAACCCUACAUAUGAGUCAGAGGAAGAGUUGGACAACAACAAGAUAGAGGAGCUGGACCAGCCCACCAUCAUGACAGACUUGCCCAUUCGGAUCAACUGGGGCACUGACCUCCCCCCUGGCAUCACUGUGCCCCAGGUCAACCUCCACAGCAUCAUUCUGGAUUUCUCAUCCGUGUCCUUCCUCGAUUUUUCUGCCAUGACAGUCCUCCGAAAGACUUUGAAAGAAUUUGUCCGGCUUGACAUUGACAUUUACAUCGCUGGGGCAUACGAGGGCCUCCUGGACAAACUGGAGAGAAGUGCAUUUUUUGAUGAAGAGAUUAAGCCAUCCAUGUUUUUCCUCACCAUUCAUGAUGCGGUUUUACACAUUUUGCUGAAGAAGGACAUAGCCAACUCCCCCAAAUUAAAGCUUGCUGAGGAGAAGGGUAGAAGCAGUGACUGUGUCAUCAUCCCCAGGAACGGACUGCGCAGCCGGGAGUGCACAAUGCCAACAGAAACAAAAUUUUAG